CAUCAAGACAUUGUCUGUUGCGCGCUUGUUCUUUUGUGCCUCUGAAUUACGCUCCGAUCACUUUCCAAGUCUCAUCAUCAACACAAGGUCACCCGACCAUCCAUAUCACCAUGGCAUCAAGACCGGAGCUCAAAGUGGAUGACGAGUAUGGCUUCAUCAAAUUCUUCAGAAACCUACCAGGAACAAAUGACGAUACGAUACGACUCUUUGACAGAAACGACUACUACACAGCACACGGUGAUGACGCUAAAUUCAUCGCCUUGAACCAAUACAAGACAACCUCGGUAAUCAAGCAGCUCGGCCGCGAUCCUGGACUUGAAUCCGUUACUCUUUCACAAACAGUAUUUCGCAACUUCCUUCGUGAAGCACUCUUCCGUCUCGGUAAGCGUGUUGAGAUCUGGGAAUCCACCGGCAAGAACAAAUUCACUCUCGCCAAGCAGGCAUCGCCAGGAAACCUCCAGGAUGUCGAAGAUGAGGUUGGUAGCUCCAUGGAAGCUGCCCCUAUCAUCCUUGCCGUGAAGGUCUUGGCAAAAGCAUCAGAGGCGCGCAACGUCGGUGUAUGCUUCGCCGAUGCCAGUGUACGCGAGCUUGGAGUGAGUGAAUUUGUAGACAACGACAUCUACUCCAACUUUGAGAGCUUGAUCAUUCAGCUCGGUGUCAGAGAGUGUCUCGUACAGUAUGACGGCCAGAAGAAGGACGGCGAGCUUGCCAAACUACGAGCCAUCGCAGACAACUGUGGAUGCGCCGUCUCAGAACGACCAUCGGCCGACUUCAGCAGCAAAGACAUCGAGCAGGACUUGAGCAGGCUGCUGCGUGACGAACGCACUUCGACAUUACCGCAAACCGAACUACGACUGGCCAUGGGAGCCUCUGCCGCCCUUGUCAAGUAUCUGGGCGCCAUGUCAGACUCAUCAAAUUACGGCCAAUACCAACUCUACCAGCACGACCUGUCACAAUACAUGAAGCUAGACGCCUCUGCUUUGAAAGCACUCAAUCUCAUGCCUGGCCCUAAGGACGGUUCAAAGACGAUGAAUCUGUACGGUCUACUCAACCACUGCAAGACACCCAUCGGAAGCCGACUACUCGCUCAGUGGCUCAAGCAACCACUAAUGAACCUGGAAGAAAUUGAGCGCAGACUACAGCUUGUCGAGGCUUUUGUCAACGAUACUCAGCUGGCUGAAUCAAUGUCAUCCGAUCACCUCAAAUCUAUUCCAGAUCUCUACCGCCUGGCCAAGAAGUUCCAACGCAAGAACGCCAACCUCGAAGACGUUAUCCGUGUCUACCAAGUCGCCAUCCGCAUACCGGGAUUCAUCGGUACCCUCGAGGCAGUUAUGGACGAAGAGUACAAGGACCCUCUCGACAGAGAAUACACCAACAAGCUGAGAGAAUGUGCUGAUGCUCUUGGCAAGCUGCAAGAGAUGGUUGAAACAACAGUCGAUCUCGAUGCUCUGGAGAAUCACGAGUUCAUCAUCAAGUCUGACUUCGACGAGGGCCUUCGUGUCAUCAGAACAAAGCUCGACAAGCUUCGAUAUGGCAUGGAGAGGGAGCACGGUCGAGUUGGCGAUGACCUCGGCCUCGACACUGAAAAGAAGCUCUUCCUUGAGAACCACAAAGUCCAUGGCUGGUGCUUCCGUGUGACAAGAGCCGAAGCUGGCACAAUCCGCAACAAGAAGCAAUACCAAGAAUGCUCAACUCAGAAGAACGGCGUCUACUUCACCACAACUACGUUGCAAGCAAUGCGCAGAGAGCAUGAUCAAUUGUCCGAGAACUACAACCGUACUCAGAGCGGACUGGUUCAGGAAGUUGUCGGUGUAGCUGCUUCCUACUGCCCUGUUGUCGAGAAGCUCGCUGGCAUUCUCGCACACAUGGAUGUCAUUGUCUCAUUCGCUCACGUUGCCACUCAAGCACCUACACCAUACUGCCGACCUAAAAUGCACCCUCGGGGUACUGGAAAUACUGUUCUUGUUGAAGCCCGUCAUCCUUGCAUGGAAGUCCAAGACGAAAUUACCUUCAUGGCCAACGAUGUCACUCUCAAACGCGAAGACUCCGAAUUCCUUGUCAUCACAGGACCCAACAUGGGCGGCAAGAGUACAUACAUCCGCCAAAUCGGUGUCAUUGCUCUUAUGGCUCAGAUGGGCUGCUUCGUGCCUUGCACUUCCGCCGAGCUUACUCUGUUCGACUGUAUCCUCGCUCGUGUCGGUGCUAGUGAUAGUCAGCUGAAGGGUGUCUCCACUUUCAUGGCCGAGAUGCUCGAAACAGCAAACAUUCUCAAAUCUGCAACAAAGGAGAGUUUGAUCAUCAUUGACGAGCUUGGCAGAGGUACAAGCACGUACGAUGGUUUUGGUCUUGCUUGGGCCAUCAGCGAACACAUCAUCAAGGAAAUUGGUGCCUUCACACUCUUUGCGACACAUUUCCACGAGUUGACAGCAUUGGUGGACACAUACUCUCAAGUACAAAAUCUGCAUGUCGUCGCAGAUGUCAGUGAUGGAUCCACAGCGGACUCUGCACCUCAAGUACUGCUCAUGUACAAAGUUGAGCCUGGCAUCAGUGACCAAAGUUUCGGUAUCCAUGUCGCCGAACUCGUCCGCUUCCCACAAAAGGUCAUCUCGAUGGCCAAGCGCAAGGCAGAUGAGUUGGAAGACUUUGCCGGCAAGAACGAAGACGCAAAAUCAGAGCUCAAGAAUGCAAGCAAGGACGAUGUCGCAGAAGGCAAUAAAUUGCUGAAAGCACUGUUGGUCAAGUGGAAGAAGGAGACGGAAGGACAGAAUAUGGAUGGCAAGGAGCAAGUCAAGAGACUCAAGACUAUGGUUGCAGAGGAUGAGGCCUUAAGGACAAACAAGUUCUUUGUGGGAUUGAAAGGAUUGUGAUGGUAAUGCUGAUGCUGGUGUACAUGAUUUGCUUUCUUCUGUAGCGAUAUUGCUGCUUCCACUCAAAUGCAGAGUACACUUCUUUUGUAGCAGAUUAAUCUGUUCUACUGGCUUUUUAUCUGACUUCCACAUCCCUCGUACGAUUUUCCUGCCUCCGUCGCUG